AUGGAAUAUACUGAUGCAGAUCCAUCAUUUCGUGCUCGAUUAUUGGAGCCGAAAUUUGAGCCGGAAUCAUUUAUUGGAUCGAUUGCAUCACAAUCUAUUGGUAGUACUGACUUAGUAAAUAUGAAACGACGUAUGUAUUUGAUAGCUAGUGAAGCUAAAAUGGAUUUAAAACAAAAUAUUUAUCGUAAUCAUACAAAAUUCAUUGAAACAGCUAAACAAGUUUCAUCACUUGAAUCAGAAGUUUAUCAAUUACAUACUCUAUUAGCAGAUGAACAACAAUUAUUAAAUACCGUUAAAGAAUUAUUAACUAUUGAAGAUAAGCCUGACGCAUCUAUACCCAUAGAUGCUGAUUCAUGGCAAUCACUUUUACAUCAUUGUGAAAGUUUAGGUCUUGUUUCAACUAAUCUAACCCGUCGUUUGAUUUAUAGCGGUAAAUUACUUGAAGUUAAAUUUGAAAAUGUUUCAAGUAAUCAACAUUAUAAAACGGAUGAAAUAAAUAAAUCAUCAACAUCACAUUUAACUUCUCCAUGUUAUGGUCUUUUAUUUAAUGAUUAUUUUAUCAUAACUAAAUCAACAAAUAUUCGUUCAGCAACAGCUUAUGAUGUUGAUCAAGUUAUAAAACUUCAUAAAAAUCUAAGAAAUAUAAAUGAUAAUCAAGAUGGUGAAGAAAAUAAACAAUAUUCUCCAGCAGUAUCAAUACAAAUAAUUAAUGUUAAAGAUGAUAUUAUUCGUAAUUCAUUUUCAAUUAAAUAUAAUCUUGAUACAAUAACUCUCAUGUGUAAAAAUGCACAAAUAAAAAAACAAUGGGUUGAAUUACUUGAAAGUACACUUCAGACAGAUACCAGACGCUCUUCAGUAGAAUUUUUACUUCAAACUCAACAAGAACAAGUUUUAGGAGACGAAUUCUUUUCUGAAGAAUGGAUAAAAAAUACUCAAGAAAAUUUAACAAUACUUUUAGCUGAAAGAAAUUAUGAUCAAGCAUUAGUUUUAAUACUUCAAGCAAGAAAAUAUAGUCAAGAAUUUCUUAAUAAACACGAACAACAAUUAUUUCCAUUAAUUAAUACAUAUAUGAAAAGUGUACAAGAACAAGAACAAGAAUUACGUAAAUUAAUUGAAAAAGAAAUUCUUAAUAUAUGUGAACGUGGUUGCUCAACGAAUUUAUUAAAACAUUAUUAUCAUCGUAUACGAAUAAUUAAACGAUUAGGAUAUGUACCUAAAGCUUGGUAA